AUGUCCUCACCUGAAGAACAACCAACAAAAAAGGUUCGUUUAAAUUCAGGAGGGUCGAUCUCAUCAAAUGAUGUAAUAAUAAAUAACAAAGCUAGUUCAGAAGGAAAGAUGGCUCGUGAAGUGGAUGUUGGAAUUACUGAAUUUAUUGAUCCAACAAUUCCUGGUUUUUCUGGUGUUAUCAAACAAAGAUUCUCCGAUUUUUUGGUUUAUGAAAUUGAUAAUUCUGGAAAUAUCGUUCAUCUUACAGAUUUCAAUCUUCCAGAAGUAAAAUCUACAAAUAAUUUCAAUGCUCGAGCCAUUGAGACACUAAAAGAUGAACUUGUUAAAAAAGAAUUAUCAGAUGAACAAAUAUUUCAGGAAAUGAGAACUUUGCUUGAUGAAGAAACUUCAUUUCAAGUUCAAAAUUUACUAAAUGGUCAAAAUGAAUUCGUCGAUACAAUGGUUGAAAAAGAUAAAGAAAAGAGGACAGCUAUUCAUCAAUUCUUUAAGAAUUAUUUUGGAAAUAAGUUGAACACAGAGACAAAAGAUGGUACAAUAAGAAUCAGUAUGCACACUAACGAGACGAGGAAAGAUCGUCGCGCCAUAAGCGUUCAGAAGAUAACCGCAAAUAGGAUAAAGGCUGAAAGAUUGCUUGGAAUAAAUCAAAAAUCUAGAGGAAUGAAAUUAGGAAAUUUUGAAUACGUUAAGGAUCCAUUGAAACUUGGUGACUUGGGAGGAAAUCAUUUUGUGAUUACGUUAAAAAAUAUUCAAGUAGGAAACGAGGAAAUAAUUACAAAAGCCAUGGAUUCUUUGCAAUCACAUGGAUUUAUUAACUAUUUUGGCAUGCAAAGAUUUGGUACUUCAUCCAUUCCCACAUUCCAUAUUGGUCGUUCACUUUUACAAAAUAAUUGGGAAGAGGCUAUCGAUUUGAUUAUGAAACCACGACCCGGAGAUCGACAGGACCUUCAAAUAGCAAGGCAACAUUGGAUAGAGAAUCAUGAUCCGAAAAAGGCAUUAGAAUUGUUUCCUAAAAAAUGCAUCGCAGAGACUUAUAUAUUAAACUAUUUUACAAAAACUGGUCAAAUUAAAGAUUAUGCUGGAGCCUUUGCAACAAUACCAAGAAAUUUACGUCUUAUGUAUGUACAUGCGUAUCAAUCAUAUGUCUGGAAUAGUAUAGUUUCGGAAAGAAUACGCAUAUAUGGUUGUGAUGCUCCGAUUGUAGGCGAUUUGGUCAUUAUAGAUGAAGAUCCGAAUGCAAAUAUAAAUGAUGAUGAUCUAAUAGAUGAUAGUGUUAUUGUUAAUACAGAUGAUAAAAAGGAGAUUAAAGUGAAAAUACUCACUGAAGAAGAUUUAAAGAAUUACUCGAUUUUUGAUGUGGUGUUACCUUUACCUGGAUAUUCUGUUGUUUAUCCGAAUAACGUCAUAUUUGAGAAAUAUAAAGAACUAAUGUGGAAAGAUCGAUUGGAUCCACGUGAAAUGAGAAGAAGUAACAAGGACUUUUCUUUAUCUGGAUCAUAUAGGAAAUUAAUGGGAAAACCAAGCGAUCUAUCAUGGAAAUUUUUUAAAUAUGACGAUUCAAAUGUAUCAUUGGCCUUAACUGACAUAGAUUUGUUGGAUGGAAAGUCCGAACCAGAAUCAUUAACAGUAUUUGCGGCAGAACGUGCUGUUGCUAUUAAUGCAGUUUUACAAGCCAGUAAGGUUUGCCAAAAAGUAUUCAAACAACUUGUUAAUAGUGAGACAAUAACCAAAAAGGACAAAAGCCCAGUAACAGUUGCCGAUUUUAGUGCACAAGCUGUAGUGAAUACAAUUUUAUAUCAUUCUUUUCCGAAUGAUCCAAUUAUCGGAGAAGAAGAUACUAAAGAUUUACGCUGUGAAUCAGGAAAAGAGUUAAGAGCGAAAAUUCUCUCUUUAACUAAUUCCGUAUUAGAUGAUCCAUUAGAUGAAACAACGUUAUUGGAUGCUAUUGAUCGAGGAUCUUAUCCCGGUGGUUCACAAGGAAGAAUGUGGACACUUGAUCCAAUCGACGGCACAAAAGGAUUUUUACGUGGUGAACAAUUUGCAGUUUGUUUGGCAUUACUAGUAGAUGGUAAAGUAAAACUAGGAGUUAUGGGAUGUCCUAAUUUACCAGUAGAUUCCAAAGUUCCAGAGGGAGAAAAGGGAUGUUUAUUUGUUGCAGAAAAAGGUCAAGGAGCAUUUCAGAGGAAAUUUUCUUCAACGGAAGAAACGAAAAUCCAAAUGGCCAAUAUUUCUUCAGUAUUAGACGCAUCAUUUUGUGAAUCGGUUGAAGCAGCACAUUCAUCUCAUGGUGAUGCUGCAAAAAUAGCAUCACUUCUUGGUAUUACUAAAUCACCUAUUCGUAUGGAUAGUCAAUGCAAAUAUUGUUCAGUAGCCAGAGGUGAUGCCGAUAUUUAUUUACGUUUACCGACUCGGGAUGAUUACGAAGAGAAUAUAUGGGAUCAUGCGUCCGGAUUUCUCUUAGUUCAAGAAGCCGGCGGUAUUGUUUCAGACAUUUAUUCAAAACCAUUAGAUUUUUCUUUAGGAAGAACUUUAAAAUCUAACAAAGGUGUUGUAGUUAGUUAUUCUAAAAUAUCUUCUCAAGUUAUUGAAGCUGUACAAAAAGUGCUUUUGAAAAAAUAA